ACAGACUAGGUGUAACUCUUAAUACUAUGGCUGAGACUACUCUAAAAAUUGCGGUCGUGGGGCCUUGUAGGACAGGCAAGACGCUUCUAUGCAGAGCUUUAGCUGAGCAGCCUAUACUGCUUGGAGAGAUGGCGUAUCAGCCGACGGCCGCGGUCAGAAUACAAGAGAUUAGCAGAGUUUUAGGUAUCGACCGUGUUAAAGUGCAGUUUUGGGACUGCUCGGGCAGCGUGCAGUACCAGUCCUACUGGCCCGUGCUGGCGAAGGAGCUGGACGGCCUGCUGCUGAUCAUUGACCCCGCCCGGCCGGAACAGGAGCGUGAGCUGGAAACCUUUUACCGCAACUUCGCCGAACCUAACAAUCUUUACACUCGGCAGUGCAUGGUGAUGGCCAUCCAAGUGCAGAAAGAGGGAGGAGGUCUUGGAGGCUGGCAAGGUUUGCAAGGAGGCCUGAAGAAGCUGGCGCAGUGCUACGUGGCGAUCAACCCUAGCAGCCCGGCAGCGGGCGUGCAGGAGGCGUAUUCGCAUCUGGACGUCCUAUUCCAGGGGGCGCUUCAAAGCAAAAAGGAGGCUCUUGAGAGCUCGUACAUGAACCAGGAGGACUCGUAGCCCAAAGGCUUGAUCUUUGGCGAUCAUCUGUGACCAUACUUUCUGUACAUAGUCGCCUUGCGCGUCAGGGCUAGGACUUGGGGUCGGUAUGCUCCUUUUCGUUGGCAAUACAGCACGGUGGACCUGGUGGGCCGUCCUGUGGGUAGCGACAGCGUGCCGGUAUGGGCGACACUCGGACGUGUGGCUCUGUUAAUCGGGACGUCCGGAAAAAGAGUGCUCCCGGUGGAUUCCUAAUGGGAAUGCAAGUACCAGGUGCAUUCCCAUGUCAUAGAGUGCAUAUGUUCAGGACGUCACCAAGUUUAUGCUCGCUCUUCGGGUUUGUAUAAUUUCCAAAUUUGAGGAUGUCGUUAUGUAGCAAGACAUAAAUUUAUUGGAAAGGCUUCACAUGUGUAAGGCAGUCACCUG